AUGUCGAGACAAUUUGGAAAUAGAAGCAGUGUAAGAAGCUAUCAAAAUUUACAUAACAGAUCAUCCUUAUUCGCGGGAGCACAGCAAUAUAAUGAUACACGUACACCGUCUCCCUCUGCCUACGGGGAAGGCCAACAGUCAGUGGCAUUGGACAUGAAUGAUAGAGAUUUAAACUACUUGGAGAGCCAGAAUGACGACGAAAUAUCUGGAUUAUCUGCCAAAGUGAAUAUUUUGAAAAACAUUACCGGUAAAAUUGGAGAAGAGAUUCGAUCUGGAAAUAGCUUCAUUGAUCAAAUGAAUGACCAAUUCUCGAAUACUGGAUCAGUGCUUGGAAAGACCAUGGACAAUUUCAAGGUGAUGGCCUCGAAAGAAUCAGGAACAAUGUGGUGCUGCUUGACUCUAUUUGUGGUAUUCAUAGUCUUUUUCUUUUAUUACUGGUUUUUCAAAUAA